AUGCGUUGCUUUUUAUUUAUUAAAUGUUCUGCUUUCAACAAUUGCUCAAUUUUACAGCGACGAUUAUUUUCUGAUUUUAUUUUGCAUAGAAGAGCCAAUAAUAAUCCGCCCAAUUACUUUCUUCAAAUGUCAAAAAAUGUGAAUAAAAUUCAAUCAAGAGGUAUUCAUGGCAGAGCCAAAGGAGGUUUUGGUUCUUUCACCUCCUCAUCAGACAACAAAUCCUCAGAAAAGGAAAAUAAAAAGGACGAAGAGGAGGAUAAAUAUAAACAAUUUGCUGGGAACAAAGAAAAAAUUAUUGAAGAAUUUUUCGAAAGAUUAAACAAAGUUUUGCAGGACCCUUCAAAUGCCAAAAUGAUGAAUGAAGCUACCCGUGAAUUUAUUAAAAAAUUUAAUGAAAAAAGUGAAGGUUCUGGUUUGUCUAUUGAAAAGGAUGCGUCUGCAGUUGCUGGGCCGUCAAAGGCCAAAAUGAUGAAUGAAGCUAACCGUGAAUUUAUUAAAAAAUUUAAUGAAAAGAUUGAAGCUGGUUUGUCAAUUGAAAAGGACCCGUCUGCAGAAUCCAGAGGUAUUCGAGGCAGAGCCAAAGGAGGUUUUGGUUCUUCUACCUCCUCAUCAGACAACAAAUCCUCAGAAAAGGAAAAUAAAAAAGGCGAAGAGGAAGAUAAAUAUAAACAAUUUGCUAGGGACAAGAAAAAAUUUAAGGAAGAAUUUCUCAAGAGACUUUACGAAUUUAGGUGGGAAUAUAGUAAGGAAGUUGCCAAAGACCCUUCAAAAGCCGAAAUUGUGCGUGAAGUUAUCCUUGAAUUUAUCAGGAAAUUUAAUGAAAAAAAUGAAGGGUCUGGUUUUUCUAUUGAAAAGGAUGCGUUUAUAUCUGUAAAAUUCUUCGCGUUUCACCUCAUCCUCGCUGUGAUUACUGCAAUUUUUUUGAUGACCAUAUUUUUUGGGGGAAUGUCUAGAGAACAUCUGAAACUACUAAAUACAGAAAGUACAAUUAAUUUUGAUCAAUUUGUGAGGGAUUAUUUGAAUGUUGGAGAGGUUCAAGGAAUUUAUUUUUACCCAAACAAGGAAUUGGCUAUUGCCACAUUAAACCCAAACGCUGUAAUUAAUGGAAAAACGAUAUCUUCGCAUGGAGUGCCCAUUUCAACCUCAGAUAGACUCCUUUUUAAUUAUAGUUCAACACAAUUUGUUCACGCCGUUCGCGAUGCUGAACAGAAAUUAGGCGUUGACCAAAGGGAAAAUGUCCCAAUACUUGUUAAAAAUACAAUGUCCAAUGGAAGAAAAUUUUUAUGUUUUUUGAUAUUGGGAUUAAUCUAUUUUGUUUCUUUAAGCAGAGAUAUAUUAAUCAGAAGAACUUUCCGCGUUAUUUCUUCUGCAGCUAAAAAGAAGGGGAAAUAG